AUGUUAUCGACGACGAGGCCCACCUCGAGCGCGCGCCCGUCGACAUACGCGACGAGACGCGCGCGCGCGACGUCCCGACGCGUCGAGCGCGCGCGGACGACGUCGUCGUGCCGAACGACCGUGCAUCGAACGCCCGUCGAGCGCGCACACGUCGCGACGCGAGCGAGCGCGCGGACGACGGACCCCGCCGCGCCCGCGCUCGAUCGAGCGUACGCGUGGGACGGCGUCGAUGUGUUCCUGAGCUACGGCGCGCUCGCGUGCACGCUGGCGUUCGGGCCGAGCGCGCUGGAGAGUCAAAGGUUGGGAUACGCGCCGUAUUUCUGCGCGUUGGCGACGCUGUCGAUCUACAUCGGAUCGCAUCGAGCGCUGACGAGAGAUUUUAGGGAGACGAUUAGUUUUGAAAGCUCGCUCGCGGCACCUGUCGCGCUGUCGUGCUCUUUGUUCGCGGUGUACUUUGCGUUGGAGGUUUUACACUUGGAUUUGGGCGCCGUCGUCGGGACGUACUUCUUCGUCCUGGGGGCGAUCUCGGUGGGUGGGAACAGUGCCGAGGUUUUCGGUGCGUGCGGGGGAUGGUGGAAACAAGGGUUCGUUCGCGUUCCCGUUCCGGAUGGGUUCGCCAUGGAUAAGGAAACCGGCGAAGCGGUGCGAGAGUUUGACGCGACGCCGGCGCAGGUCUUGGGUGCGGUUAUAGGUUUUGCGCUCGCCUUGGCGGACGUCCGAGCUGGGCACCAAGAUUUUACGCUGAAUAAUCUCAUCGCAGUGUGCAUCGUGAGCGAUUUUCUUAGCGUCAUUGGCUUCGGAAGCUUCAAGGCGUGCGCCACCGCGUUGGCGGGCUUGCUCUGCUACGACGCUUUUUGGGUCUUCAAGAGCGAGGACGUCAUCGGAAAGAACGUGAUGAUGACCGUGGCGACGAAUCAAUCGUUCAACGGUCCUUUCAAGCUGUUGUUCCCACGGUUCGAGGACGUUUUGAAUCCACUGCCGAUCGACGCCUACCCGUUUAGUUUAUUGGGACUCGGAGACAUCGCGAUACCCGGGCUUCUGUGUGCGCUCAUGCUGCGAUACGACGCCUCGCGCGCGGUGGAUUUGCGUGCUCGAGCAAACGCGGCGGCGUCGGCGUUCAUGGACAUCUUUGAGACGGAAGAGGCUGAGGUGGCGUCGACGCCGAACCGCUUUGACGGCGACAAGGAUAGUGAGUUCGAAAGCGAUGGCUACCGCUCUGGUAUCGGCAAACGCGCCGGUGAUGCCGCGUUUUUCGCUUACGACGACGAUUUAAAAUCGAACGACGACGCAUCCAUCGCGAUUCCGUCGUCGCUGAGCGGACGCGCAUUCUUUUCCGCCUCGCUCUCCGCCUACCUCAUCGGCUUACUUGUCGCCGUGAGCGCGAACAUUCUCACGGGCGAGGGCCAACCGGCGUUAGUUUAUCUCGUUCCCAUCGUCCUGGGCGUCGUCGCGUACACCGCGAACGCCCGUGGGGAGUCCGAGCGCGUGUUCGAAUUCGUGGACGAGCGAAAGGACGUCUUGUAA